CAGGGCGCACUUCGAGCCUCACCGCUGUCAAUGUCAUCGCAGCCACGGCCUCACAGGUCGUCCACUUCAGGACCCGCAAUCGUUGUAACAACGACCACCGGCGCGGCAAGCUGCUUCAUCGCACAACAAGCCAGCAGCGGUGGAACAGCGGCGGCAGCUGGCGGUAUCGCAGAAGGUGCUGGCUGCAGCGGCGGUAGCGGUGGCGGUGGCGGUGGCGGUGGCGCCGCGCGGGCGUUACGCAAGAGUCAGAGUGCUCUCGAGCUGGGAGCUUGGCGUUGCACGGCAGCAGCAGCGAUGUUGGCGGGUGGGGACACGUCUGACGCGACUGCGGCGGCGACUGGACAGAAGUUGAUCGGGCGCCUGACACCCGAGGAGCGUCUGCAGCGCAUUCUGCGCUACCGCACCAAACGCAACCAACGCAAUUACAACCGGGAGAUCAAGUACCAGUGCCGCAAGACGCUGGCGGACUCCCGUCCGAGAGUGGGCGGCCGCUUCGCCCGCAAUGACGACCCCAACAGCGUUCUGCCGCACCAGACAAAGAAGGCGAUGCGGCAGAAGGGACAGCAACCGCCGCAAGCACAAACGCAGCAGUCGCUGCAGCAGGCAUGUCAGAACCAAGCUGGAGAGACAAACGCUGGCGGCGGCAGGAGUCUGCCGCAGGUGGGCAUGCACCGACAGCAGCAGCAGCAGUACACACAGCAGCACCAACAGCAGCAACGUGCCCCGGCUGCAUGUACGGAUAUGCUGCGUGAUGGAGCGGCAUGGCGAACAGGUGGUUCCGCAGCCCUAAGCAGCAACAGCGCCGCCACGACUGGAGCUGCAGAUAUGACCC